AUGGAACUUCACGGGAUAAGGUUGUUUUUGGUAUUAAUUCUGCAAGAAAUCCAUUCGUUGACAGUAUCAACAGCUACCGAAAAUGUAACUGUGGAAAUUGCAAUAUUUUAUAAUUCCUCAAGUCGCUACAUGAACAGUGUUCUUCAAAAUGCAAAUGAUAUGUUUCUUGCCAGUCGUCAAGAGCUUAAAAGAACACCAAAGAAAACUUCUAACGUGGAAAUUAAUAUCCAGUGGCUGGAUGAGAUCGAAGUAGCCGGCAGCUACACAAGUUACAAUAAUUCGUUCCUCGACAGGUGGAGUAAUUCAUUGCAAGUUCAAGGUGCAAUUUUUGUGGAUGUUAACAGCAAGUCUUUGUUCCUCUCUUCUCUCUUGGAGUCAUCGGCCAUCCCAACAGUGGGCAUCUUUCAAACCAGGGAACAGCCGAGAACUCAGGUAUAAUGUAAUAAAAUUACAGUUAAUAGUAUAUACUCAUAACUUUUGUUUCCGUACUUUGUAAAAGUGCGAGGCAAACUCGAACGUCAGCCUUUUAAUGCCGUAAAGGACAAGGAUUUUACAUAACAAUCUUUACUCUAUGUUGCCUCUCUCGACGUACUGUCGGUGUUUGUUUGACGAUUUCGAACAAGCAAUCGGUAAUCGACAACUGAAUUAACAAAUGAUAUAUGCUUGUUUGAUAAGAGAAUGUGAAGAUUAGCAAGGAAAUGUCGAUGAUUUUAGGGAGUUUAACUUACAACAGCCUACUUUCGCUAGGAAUUUUAUUUUCUACGAGGAAUGUUGAAGAAUUAAAGAUGGUUGAUCCAUCAGCAGUAGCUAUUAAAGAAAACUCCAGGAUGCAAGUCGACGAUAUCCCGGCGAGCUAUUAAGUUCAAAAUAUUAUCCAAAAAUAAUUAAUUUUUCUCGUGGAUGAAUUUUUACGAUCAAAACAAGAAUACAAAAUUUAAACCAGAACAAAAAGAUGCUAAACUGAAUAGGCACGUGAAAAACUUGAGAGACUGAUCUUGAAAAAACGAUUGUCGUACGAGCUCAAUCAGGAUGAAUCCUCUCAUUAUUAUUGUGUUUACUGUUGUCUUGAUUCUAGUCCACCAGCUUAAUGCGUGGUCUGUACUCGUUUAACAGAACAAGGAAUGUAAGGAUCAUAAUGAUAAAUGCAUUUAUGAUUACAUUCUUUAUUCAUCCAACAAAAAGGGUCCGUCGUUUUCAACUGAAUGUGUUUGAAAGCCAAAAAUUGCAUGACAUUUUACGUAUAUAGCAGUUAAGACACUUUUAUUUUCAAAUGAGUCAGCACAGGCGGCCUAAACUCUGUGGGAGUUCGUUGGACUUGAGUCAGUUUCAGCCGGUACAAGCUAAAAACAAACUUCAUUCAAAUUCUCUUGUCAAACUGAAUUCAUAAUUGUGAUAACUGGUAUGUUAGAAGGUUAAGUAUUCCCUCAAAAUGAAAAGUAUUUGAAGAUGUCAGGGGCACCCAACGGCAAUUUUCGGGAAAAUAUCUGUUCGGAAGACGAUUUGAGAACUAGAAUUUUCGGAACAUUUGUUGUAAAAUUUCUUGCUUGCCUGCCUCUCCUAGGAUUUUCGAACAUCUACAAAAUGGUAUAAUUACCCAUUUUAAACGGAUAUUUACCCCAAAAAAGGCCACCUAGAAUUUUCGGGAGCCUUUUCCUGGCUGAAAUUUUCGAAAAGGUAAGUUUUGAUCCCUAUAAUUUUCGGAUCACUAGAUUUUCAGCUAGGAAAUCCGAACAGAUGAAAAGUUUUUAGGGGAUAAAAAUAUGCCUAUAUCUACCGUUUAAAUACUAAAAUACGUUCAACAAUGCUAUGUUAAGUGGUUUUGAACUAUAUCCUCGUUGGGUGCCCCUGAGAUGUGUUCGUAACAACACAAAAACCAAGUUAUUUCGAAAAUUUUGGUUUUUAUACCAUUUUGAAAAGAUCAAUAAAUGUUAAAAAGCUGUCAUGAAUUACAAUGUGGUGCUAGAGGUAUGGGUUAUAUUGUUGCAGCAUCUCUAAUUUGAAGUGGUUGUCCCGAAUUUUCUCAGGUUAGCGAACGAAAGAAAAAAGUUCCCCGUUUUUUUUUUGUCGGGAAUAUUUUCCCUAUUUUUUCUUCACGAUAACUUUAUUGAAAUACUAAAAUUUUGAACUCCAAUUCGUCUACCUCGGAUACUUUUAAAAAUCUAACACUACAAUUUUUGUUACACAUUUUCCGGAACCAAAGGUGUCUGAAUUUCAAUAUUCUUUGUCAGUUCCGACUUGCAGGGAUUUUUCUUCACUUCGAGGUUAUCUAUUUUCCUCAACUCCAUCCACCAAACAAAUAAACAAACAAAAAUACACUCGUCAAACUUCAUCGUAAUGAUUAAUCUAAAUCGGAACUACUGUUCUUAAAGGUUUUGUCAUGAAGCUUUAACGCCUAUAUCAAGGGCCUCAUCACUGGGAUCUGACCGCAAUGAAGCCUCUAGCAAAAUUAAGGACAAAAAACUUAUUAAAUAGCAGAACUGCAUGGGCUCUUCUGAUCUUACGCCCUGUUAAAAAGUCUUCUUAUGAACUAGCUAGGUAGAUUAAUUAUGAUUCAAAAAACGGUUUUUAGAUUAACAUUUCAAGGUGCCAAAGUGAUGUUAAUCGAUUUUACUGUUCCUGGUCAACAGGUGUAGGGUUUGAUAAAAAAGAACCAAACGUUUUGACAUGUAAUUAAAACUUUUAACUCUUCAGGCAUUGUCUAUUCAAUGUAUAUGUGUAUUAGGAAUAUAAGAUAAUGCCUGAGGUCCGAACCUUUCUUAAAAAUAUUCAGACGGAGCGUGUAGCGCGAGGUUAUUAUUUUUCUAAGGCCUAGUCGUCACAAAUUCGGAUAUUUUUUAACAAAAAAGACCAAAAAAAACGGCGAUUUUCCCCUUCUUUUUCAAAAAAGUACGCAUCAACACGUAGCGUAUUUAAAUCAUUUGCCCGUCCACACAAAAACGCAUAAACGACGCAAAAAGAGUAGCGUCCCUUACAGCGUACCCUUUACGAUGUGUAAUAUCAUCGUAUUCCGUUUUCGUUUGUCCACACAAAAACGACAAUCCGGUUAAAACGGAGUAAAAGAUCUGCGUUAUCAAAAAAAUACAGAUACGCGAGGACGGGGCAAGAAAGCCGAGGAGCGAGGGCAUUAUCUCACUUUAUCAUGUACCUCAGAUUGCAUAUUGUUUUAGAACCUACGUGUCAAUAUUGUGUCAAUUUAAGAAAAGGACCUCCUGUUCUACUUCAGUGACCUUUUAUUCUGUUACUGAGAAUAAUUUAUUGAUCAAGAUGGGGCAUUUAUUUAAGGCAAUGGCGAAUUUGGUGACAUUUCGCCAAACCUUUUUGAUGAUAGAGCGAAUAUGAAGAAAAUCAACUUUCCAAUGCAAAUAAAUUGGCCAGAGGUUAGGCCAGAGGGCCUUACAAAAGUCAGUGGCCAAUAUGGCGAAAUUUGUCGAGUAUAUGUCGAAUUAUUUGACUAAAAUGACAAAGUCUUUGGUGAAAAUCAAAGGAACAAUUCAACGGUGUUGAUGAGACCGGCCCUACAAGGGUGGUGAACAAUGUGGAUUUUUGGCAAAAAUGCCCAUUAAAGUUUAACUAAACAUUUGACGUAUUUUUGAAAAGUGGCGAAUUUGGAAAAAAUGAAAAAUGGGAAUGAAAUUUCCUCAAUUUCUUCCCUAGCUUCGCAAAAAUAGCGAACUACUGUACUGACAUUUUAUAACCGGACUAGGUUUUUUCGUCAAUCACGCACGCAUUCUUCAUGUCUGUCACCUGUAAUUUCUUUUUCGUUUUCAGGAAAGUUCGGCCUAUUUCAGUCGCGUGGCCUUGCCAUCAAUGAAACAUUAUGCACAAGUAAUCUGGGACGUCAUGAAAAAGACAGGACGGCGCAGUCUAAGCUUAGUGUUAACUGCUGACACAGACGGCAAAGAACUUGAGGAUUCGAUGACUGAAAUAGUUCAGCGCGAGAAAUGGACUAUCAAAGAUACGCUUUGGCUUGUCCAAAACAAACAUGUAGGCUUACAGGUUAAAUUGGAGUCCCUUAUUUCAAAGCAGGCUGACGUCGUUGUUGUACAUAGCAGAGAUACAGAAAAUGAUCUUUUAUUUCAAGUGAUACAGUCUUUUAACAUUAGUAAGUGGGGAAGUCUCUGGAUUUUGACCGAUAUAACAGAGUAUGGAGUACAAGACAUCAAUGAGAUUCCAGUUGGUUCUCUUAGAAUAAGCUCUAAACGAUGCGAACCACAUCUGGAUUUUAGUCUUUACUCAAAAGCUAUCAACGAUGCCCUCUUUCUUUAUCAAGCCGCCUACGAAAAGGCUUUUGGACGAGCCAGACGUUUUGAAAGUGAUUGUCUGCUUGGAGAAAGCUGCGGAACACCAGAGAUUCAAGAUUUAGCAAAUUUGUAAGUGCCGAUUGUUAAUUUAUUUUUCUGCUAAUUAUGGCAAGGUGUUAAGGAUUCGAAACAAGGAAUCUAACCAGUUCUUCAGGCAAAUAAUAGCUGGCUUUGAGAUGUUUUGAAUAAUUAAUAUGUUCUUGGAAGGAAAGUGUUUCUGGGUAAUGGAAGUAGACAAUUCAGGGUGUCUGAGGGGAUUUGCUUUCUAGAAUAGUUGGUAUAUGCCAUUUGUCAGAAACUUGUUCCCCCCCCCCCCCCCCCCCCCCCCGGGGUUAUUUUGCCCCCUCAGCCCCCCCCAAUCCUCCUCCCCCCCCCCCUCCCCCCCCCCCCCCCCCCCCCCCGCCCCCACUCACGCCGACCCCCCCCCCAGCCCCCCCCCCCAACACACCCGCGUCCCCUCCGUCUCCCCCGUCAAAAACAAAGCACCAACAAGCAAUCCAUUAGAAAUAAAAGUGUGUUUUGUGAUAGUUUGAAAAUUUAAUAUUUUUUUGGAAGGAAAGGUUUUUUGGGAAAUGGAAGGAAUAAAUUUGGGGGGGUUGGGGGGUUUUUUUUUUUAGAAUAGUUGGUUAUUGCCUUUUUUCGAAAACUUUUCCCCCCCCCCCCCCCCCGCCCACUGAAGGUGUGAAUUUCGCCCUUAGGCCACACCUAAUAUCCUAUCCACCCCCUUAUCCACCCCCCUCUCCCCCACUGAAGGGCUGAAUUUUGCCCAAUGACCACACACCCAAACUGGCUAGUUAAGUCUGGAGAUACGUCUGCUGGCAAACUUCCCAGUAAGUCAGGUUGCAGGUUGUAGGUGCACCGUUCUGGCUGGGAACUCUUCCAUCAGUCUUGCUAGGAGUGAGGAACAGAUAAAUUUUUCCCAGCAGUUUCCCAAAAUGCUUACAAAUGGCUUCGGGAAAAAAUAUGAUAAACUUUAGUUUUUAAAAAGAGGGUAAUUUUUUUUCUGGCACGAAGGCGUAUUGUUUCAGGGCUACAAUCUAUCGUUUCUGUUGUUUGUUCACCCGAUCUGUUGGCUAUUCCGAGGGCUCCCAUGCAUCUCUUUCAUGUCUCCUUUGACCGCUGUUUAUUCUCGCCGAUGGUUUGUCCCCCUUCUAUACCUUCAGUUUCAGUUUAUUUAUUUACCAGAAAAAAAAAAAAGCAUAAAAAUCAACAGGUAUUAUUUAAAAGUGGUGAAUCAGCUAAGGUUCUAUGUCAAUGUCCCCUGGAGUUAUUGCCUUUUGGGAAUGUCCUCCUUAAUCCAGCCCUCAAUAUCUGGCGUUGCUGUCUCAUUAUCUGGGCUAUAAUGGAAACUUUCCAAGGUGUUCCUGUUCAUUGUGUGGCCUUUCUGAGUUAUUUGAGCUGUGAUGGCAUUAACAAAUAAAGACCAUGAAGUGUAUGGAACAAUGUAAAGAAACUCCUACAAUUUUUUUUUAUUUUUAACCGAUCUUACGGGCAGUAAGUUAAACUGUUUACAGGGCAGCGAAUUUUUAGAAGUGUAAGACGUCUUGCUAACCGUUUCUUUUCCUGUUUUAUGGCAAACAAGAUAUCUCAAGGAGUCUUUCGUUGAAGGUAAGAGCUCGUUAUUUGCGAAACCUUCCCUAUACGAGACUUCUCAGACAACAUUUAAAGUAUGGAAUCUACGAAAGAGUGGGAUCAAUGCCAAUAAAUGGGUUCUUGUGGGACAAAGGACACCGACGGGACUUGCUUUGGAAAAUCUUAUGGCCCCUAACGGAAGCACACUGACAGUCUCCUCUGUCCCAGAACCCUACGUUAUGCGAGUCCCUGUUAAUUUGUACUCUCCUUGGGUUCAAGUAGAAGACCCUCGAUUCGAUGGCAAUGGGAUGUUGUAUUGCAUUGGAAGAGGACAGCUUUGCUACAGGUUUAAAAAUUCAAGCCGCAUCAUCGAAAAAACGUUUUGUUGUUAUGGAGCCUCCAUCGAUUUACUUGUAAUGAUCCAGAGUGAGCUUGGAUUUCGCAGCGAGAUUUACUUUACUCCAGAUGGAAAUUAUGGUGACUUUGACGCGGAUACAAAAAAGUGGAACGGAAUAGUCCAGGAAGUGAUUUCUGGGAGGGCGGAUUUCGCAAUUGAUUUAUCGGUGAAUGAACUCAGAGAAAGCUAUCUUGACUUCGCUCAUCCCUUCGUUCAUUUGGCUUUAAAUAUUUUGGUCUUAAAGGAUGACCAAAUUAGUUACGGUAAGACAUAACUGUCUUUUUUAGGGCGCUUUCUAUCUUGUCAAAACUGGGCGGCCAGACUGAUACGGUUGUUAAGAGAAUUUCACUUUUAAUGAGUACUAUUCAGCCAGAUCAGUUUGUGCAUGCAUGACAUGCACGGAAAUGAUAGGUUUAAGAGAAAAUCUCGAGAAAAAGACUACUCUUUCAUUUUGAAAGUGACCGGUUCUGUUGGCUAGUUCUGGCUUUUGAAAAGCGCCCUUUGAUACAAUAAUAAUAUUCUUCUUAAAUACCUUUAUUGCAUUCAUUUUAUAGGCAUCCCACUGAUGAACGGUUGCUACUAACAGUUAAAAGAUAUUUGCAGUAGUAACAAUCGACUAUAGACUGUCCGUUUUCAAUUAACAGUAUCCUUCCAAAUUGAAGAACUCGAUAUUGUCUGAUAGUAGCGACGUAAGCAACGUGUAUUCUUGGUAACCUAUCUAAGGGCGAAAGAAAUAGGCAGAAUGGCCAGACCCAUAAUCUGAUGUUUUUUACUUCAAUAGAUUUGCAGUUAGGCUAUUGGCUUCAUUUAACCUAAAAUGUGAUAAUGCAACAUCGACUAGGAAAAAAGGGAAUUGGCUCAAGCUACACGUACUCUUUUCCACUGUUUUUCAGUACAAGUCUUAUUAGCUAGCAUAGCUUUUGAUAUGCUUAAACCCUUUAUAACUGAUAUUAUGAGCGUGCUUUUUGUUGGGCAGAAAUCCAGUGGAGCUCUUGGCUGGAACCGUUUCAAUAUCAACUGUGGUUUUCCAUCGUUGGAUUCAUCAAUUUUAUUUUAUUGGUAAUCUGGUGGAUCGACUGGAAAAGUCCUUACGGACACUUCAGAAAGCUGAAUGGUGGAGAUGAAGGCUUUACGCUGUUAGGUAAUUGAUAUUAGUUGGUGUAGUCAGACGAAAUCUCAGACUAAUUUUGCAUCAAAUUAUCUUUGUCUCAUUUGUUAGUUUGUAUGUCUUUCACUUAUUUAAGAGGUCAUAUAUUUUCGCUUAUGUCCAGAAAGGCGAGAAAACUUCGGAACUUAGGAACGUCAUAUUACACAAAACUAUUUCCAACUUCCACAUGACCCCAUUUAGACGGAAUUGCUUGCGUUAAGGUGAGAAUUGGGCGUAGGGGGCACUUCGUGAUGUCUAUCAUAAGACGGAUGAAUCUCAUUAACUUGGAGUCCUAGAAAUAUCUGUAGUUUUUACAGGUUUCAAGAAGAGGCUACCGUGUAUCGUGAUGAAAGAAGAAGAGCAGCGAAGAAACGUUAAUUAAUUUAGUCUUACCACUAGAAAGCCGAUAUUCAGGGGCACCCAAGUCAAUUUUCGGAAAAAUAUCUGUUCGGAAGACGAUUUGAGAUCUAUAAUUUUGGGAACAUUUAUUGAUAAAUUUCUUGCUCGCCUGCCUCUCCUAGGAUUUUUUGAACAUCUAAAGAAUGGUAUAAUUACCCAUUUUUAACGGAUGUUUACCCUAAAAAGGUCACCUAGAAUUUUCGGGAGCCUUUUUUUCUGGCUGAAAUUUUCGAAAAGGUAAGUUUUGAUCCCUAUAAUUUUCGGAUCACCAGACUUUCAGCUAGGAAAUCCGAACAGAUGAAAGAUUUUUAGGGGAUAAAAAUAUGUCUAUAUCUACCGUUUGAAUAUUAAAAUACGUUUAACAGUGCUAUGUUUAAGUGGUUUUGAACUAUAUUCUCGUUGGGUGCCCGUAGAUAUUUACUUGUCACUGUAAGCUACUAUUUACCCACACUUCGAUGAACUUCAAAAUAUUCAAACAUGUACCUUGCUCAUAAAUUGAUGGGCAAAUGGACUUAUGGAUAGAUCGCCCAUCGUAUGUUAGGGAAUUCAUGGGUUCUUUCUUUGUCGCUUAUUGCAUAUCUUUAUUCAAAAUUCUUAUGAUUCCAAGAUCGUGCAAAAUCCCAAGAAUCCCUCGAGUGUUUUAGAUUAUCAGUGAAAAUUCCAUUUUUUUCAGAAUACUAAGCAAGCGAGUCUUUUUCUGUUCCAGAUUCUAUGACUUAUGUCUGGGGAGUUGCAUUUGGCAAGGACAUCGGAGCUGAGAAGACACCUCAUAGCAGCAGUGCACGAUGUGUCUCCACAUUUUAUGCUUUCUUCGCUCUGAUCGUCGCCAAUACGUACUGUGCAAACUUGAUGGCGUUUCUUGUUCAAGAAACCUUCGAGCUGCCUAUAAGUGGAAUAAGGGACUCAAAGGUCACUGAAUUAAACGUUGUAGUAGUGAUAUGAAUGAUACUCUCUCAAUAUUCUAGCCUCGAGAAACUCUGUACUACGGGGUUAGUCUCCAUCUGUCUAUGUUCACCAGUUCCAGGCAAAAGACAACCUAUAUUAAUAAUUCUGUACAUUAUUAAGUUUUAAAUGCUAGCAUCUUUCCACCAGCACAAUAUGUGAAAAUUUUACUUCAGGUGGAGACUACCCCUGUAGAAACUUGUCCGUGGUGUUUGAACUGUACAUAAUUUCAGAUAAAGGAGUGUGAAACCGACUCGAGGAUAGCAUAAGUAGAUUCCAAUUUUUUCAACUCGUAAAAGUCUUAUAAAAGCCAGCACGUAAACACUUUGCUCUGAUUUUCUUAGAAGAAAUCAUUAAGCUGCAUCAGUACGACUACUGUUCUUUAAUUUUUACUCUGCCCGUUAGAAAUGAAUGACGAUGCAUCCCAAGCAGAAUUAUUCUCACAUAAGAGCACUUGAAGGCAGUGUAGCGCGAGCAAAGUAACCCUUGAACACCAAUUUUUUUUUAGUUUAUACUAAAAUAAUAUCUUUUUCGGUCUCCAUACAGACAAAAGAGGCAAAACUAUCCACAACGUUAAUAGCAAUAAUAAUUUAUUAAUUUUCUAUAGUGCCUUUUAACGUUGUUGCUAAUUGACAACUAAACUUGCUUUUCUUUUUUGUCCUAUUUUUGUGUUUUUGGAACUAACACAAGACACAUUUUCGAAACAAAGAGCCAAUUAUAGCGGCUGUAAAUAACCCUUGUUAUUUUUGAGACCUACCCUGGCAUAUCUCAUACUUAAGGUAUGAAAAAUAUUGUCUUCUACUUUUGCCCUUUAUGUUUUGAUAUCUUUUGCAGAUCCGACAUCCUUCCCUUCAGCCACCAAAGGGAUUUAAAAUUGGAAUACAGCAAGAUUCACAGGAGGAAUCUUACUUUCAGUUCCAUAGCGAAGAUAUAUUCCGUGAAAUCUACCACGUGAAUUUAAAAGUAAAUUUGGUCAAGAGUUUUGAAGACGGAAUACAGAAACUGAAAAAUAGGUUAGCAACUCUUUCCUCAUAUUAUGCUUUAUCAUACUGUAACUUAUCGAGCUUACUUACAAAGUGCUGUUUUAUCUAUUAAUGCAUUAUAAUUUUAUUUACGAGAACCGGUGAUUCUUGCUGAAGUCUACUCUUACUAUUAUGCAGAGAAAUUCAUGGCCUUGUUGGGGAUUAUCUCUCGCUCAGUCAAGUUGCAAACAUGGACCUCAAUUGCUCCUUUAGUCUGGCGGGGCCAAACUUCUUCAACUUUGGACUGGGACUGGCAAUGCGUAAAGCAUCACCAUGGUUACAGGAUGUCAAUCAGGCUGUACUAAAGCAUCAGGAAAAUGGAACCAUAGAAGCUAUAGUUAAACGCUGGUUUAUCAAAAAGAGUUGCGAUAUGAAUCCUUUUUCUGAGCUUGGCAUCAUGAACUUCAGCGGUCUGUUUAUGACGGUUGUUAUUGUGUUGAGUUUUUGCGUGUUUGCCAUUUUGGUAGAAUUUCUAUUAAUUUUGAUGUUUAUGAAAGUGGGAAAUCGACUGGGAAAGUUUGGGAAAUUCGUCAAACGGUUUGUUUUCAACUUGAAAAAGGGAGAAGAAGAUCAAGUUAAUAUAAAGUACUCGUUUGCCUUUAGUCAACGAAAUCAAACCUGGGAUGUUUCGGCCAGUAAGGAAACUUCAGAAAAAACGUUUCAAGAGCUUGGUUUCCUUAACGACGCAUAUGUUACUCCAGGGGAAACGAGUUUCCAUAGUGCAUUAUUUAACACACAAACUGAACAACGAUUCCAUGACAACGCAUAUUUUGCGUCUACUAAACAAUCAAUGAAAGGAAAGAAAUUAAGACAAAAAGAAACUGGUAAUCAUACGACGAACGAAAACCACGAAAUGUCAAACGGAAAGGCGACGUAUGAAACCUGCAAGUACGCGGAUGCUUCUGACAGUAACAAGACUAAAAGUUUGAAGCAAAAUGGGUUUGUUGUGACAAAGCUAUAA